GAAACUGUGUGCAAAAGAUUGCUGCAAAUUUGCUAUUUGAUAUCUGUCGUGUUCAACGCCUGUCACAAAAUGACCUCAGUAAUAGAUUACUUUCAUUCGUUAUUCCGUGCAAAUCCAGAAGCAUUUUCGAUAAUCGUUGCGCGUAACCUUUACCUUUCCGUAUAUAUUUUAGAUAUGAUUGACGAAAAAUUUUUGAAUCACCUUCUUGACAUAGUGGAAAACACGAGGGACGAAGAAGACGAGACGUUCAACUAUUCCAUCAUCCGCCUUCUUCUAUCAUUCAAUGAGCAAUUCAUGUUAGCCGCGAUGGCUCACCAAGCGAUAUAUCCGGAUGAUGAUGACGAUGAUUGGAAUCACAACACAUUGCUAAGAGUGCUGUCGAUGAGAAUUGGUACCAGCAAAACGUUUGGUGAAAAUGUGAUAUUCAUGCUAAAUCGAGCAGUGGAACCACACCUCCAAAUGCUUAUAUUGAAAUUGUUAUAUGAGAUAUUUAUUACACCCGAAACAUACGAAUAUUUUUACACAAACGACUUGCACGUAUUGAUUGAUGUGUUCAUUCGAGAAUUAUGUGAUUUGCCCGAGGAAAGCGAGGCGCUUCGACACACGUAUCUCCGAGUACUAUACCCCCUUCUCGCCAACACACAGCUAAACCAGUAUCGGUAUAAACAGCAUCACAUAUAUAAUUUAUUAUUAGAUUUAAUUGGAUCCUCGACCAACCAAUUUAAGCCCGUAUCACCCACUACCCAAAGAUUAGUAGAUAGAUGUUUAUUAUCGGAAUAUUUUGAUGGCAUUGCACCUCCCAAGCGUGGCGAUGGAAUCAAACGUGUUUCCUCAUCAACUUCUGUUAUGUUUCCUAUGAAUACCCAUGGAACUUCAACAUCAAAGUCUAUCAUAUUUCCAAUUAACACCAAUGGAAAUGUCACAGGAAAUAAUGACAACGGCAUGAAUCCACAAGGAAAAUAUCUUCGUACGACGACAAUUUAG